AGCCUCGGGGAGCGGGGGCCGGGAUAGGGGAUCCGCAGGCGAGGAUUUUCCCCUCGGGAGCGGGAUGUCUGGUCCGGGCACUGGUCCUCCGCGUUGGAGAGAAGAGGCGGGCAGGGCUGAGCCGGAAAGCGGCUGGGUCUGCGGGAAUGAACGGCAGCCGGAUCAUCCCGCCGGUGAUGAUUUUGUAGGACGUGGGGCGGGGAUGGUCCCCGUCGGUUGCCGGAUCGCACUUUCCGAGCGCUCGGUCCGGUGCUCCGCACACGGUGAGCGGCCAACGACUACGAUCGAAUAGAUGAAGGAGGAGGGGAGGGUCUCCGUUGGGCCCCGGUGCUUGAAAGGGAAGGGGGAACCCGGGCCGAAAAGUUAAAAGCGUCGUCGCUAUGGCCGGAGAGCAUCCAUCCAUCAUCGGCGCCUGGUUACUGCGACCCCAGGGCGCUCGCCACCUCUAAAGCGGCAGCGUGGACCGAAAGCAGCGGCUCGCUACCCGCGAUGUCGUCCUUCCCUUGCCCCAGAGAGGUUGAAUGAAGACACCGCAGGUCGGGCGUCGAACUGGACGGGGGCGGAUGACGAUUAGCACAUCGCGGUUAUCGCAUCGUGACUUCGCAGUUACCCGGCGAUAUUCGCGACCGGAGUCGCGGCCGUCCGGACGGAGAAUCGCUUGAUGGGGAGGUUCUGUGGCGAGGGGCCUACAGGAUGCCGGAUGGAACAAUUCAAUAGUUGGGUUGGUCACUUCCCGCUGAGUCAGAGGACACUUGAAGCUGGAAACUUGGCCCUGCCAUCUCUUCCCAUGGAGUCAAGGCCUCGCAUCAGACACAGGCCUCACCAAGGCGCAGCCACAAGCUGAGGAUGACGGGGCGAUUGUGUCCGCUCCCAACGUUUUCACAGCCCCCUCGCCUCCCCGCCUGACUCGGCUGGUCAGAGGGGGGUGGGGGGUCCUGAAGCAGCGCCCCGGCCCACCCUCCCCCAAGCAGGAAAACCCUUCUGGCCGGCGCACGGCCCGUCGACCGCCAAGAUGACCACCCCGCUGCCCGAGGAAACGCCGGAGGCCCAGGCGUCGGACGAGCUGGAGUGCAAGAUCUGCUACAACCGCUACAACCUGAGGCAGAGGAAGCCCAAGGUGCUGGAGUGCUGUCACAGGGUCUGUGCCAAAUGCGUCUACAAGAUCCUCGACUUCGGAGACUCCCCGCAGGGCGUCAUCAUCUGCCCCUUCUGCCGCUUCGAGACCUGCCUCCCCGACGACGAGGUGAGCAGCCUGCCCGACGACAACAACAUCCUGGUGAACUUGGCCUGCGGCGGGAAGGGCAAGAAGGUCCCGCCGGACAACCCCACGGAGCUGCUGCUGACCCCCAAGAGGUUGGCGUCUCUGGUCAGCCCGUCCCACGCCUCGUCCAACUGCCUGGUCAUCACCAUCAUGGAGGUGCAGAGGGAGAGCCCCCCGUCCUUGAGCUCCACCCCCGUGGUCGAGUUCUACCGCCCCACCAGUUUUGACUCUGUGGCCACCGUGUCACAUAACUGGACCGUGUGGAACUGCACGUCCCUGCUCUUCCAGACCUCUAUCCGAGUGCUCGUUUGGUUGCUAGGGUUGCUCUACUUCAGCUCCUUGCCCUUGGGGAUCUAUUUACUGGUGUCUAAGAAAGUCACCCUUGGGGUCGUCUUCGUCAGCCUCGUUCCUUCGAGCCUCGUUAUUCUUAUGGUGUACGGUUUUUGCCAGUGUGUAUGUCAUGAAUUUCUAGACUGUAUGUCCUCUCCCUCUUAACAGGCCCGGGAGCGCAGCGAAGUCAUUUCUCACACACACACACACGCAGACACGCACUUACACACGCCACCUCCCCUGACCCCCGUUGCCAUAUUUGUAGCGUAGUUAAUUUAUUCUUUUAUAUUCUUAUUUAUGAUUAGAGCCCUUGUCAUCCACCAAAAAGAUGGCCAAGUUUUUAUGGUCUUUUGUCGGUUUCGUUGUUGUUGUUGGGUUUUUUUUGCCGUUUCCACAUCAGCCUUCGUUACCCCGUUUGCUUUUCUAACAUUUGGAAGGAAAUAUUUUACACAACUCUUUUGGAGGUUAGGCUUUAGAAGAGAAGCAAAAGUGCCUGAGUAAACCCUUUUUUGGAGGUUAAGGAGAUUGGGGGGGGUGGAUCUUCUCCCCAGAGAAAAGGGCCUGUGAUUUCUUGCUCCCCAGCCCCUUCCCCCAGAUGAGGGCACACUUCAGACAAGGGGCACUGAUGACUUCUGCCAUGGGAGGUUGUAGAAAACCCCGUGCCCACCUCUACAGCCCCCACCUCCCACCCCCGUCGUCCUUGAAUGGUCUCUCCCAGCACUCCCUCACAAGUAUUUCUCAUUUUUUUUCUAAAGUUCCCAGCUCUGGGUUCUACCCCAUUCCCUCUCCCCUCUGUAUGUUCCCGGCAAGAAAACACUCAGUCUCCUCCCCUGGAGAUUAUCUCCCUUAAAUGCCCCGACCUCCGUCUCCUCUCCCCCACAGAGCAGUGAGACGUUCAGCCCAGGGACAAUAAGCGCUUUGCUUUGCCAUCCUGAGCAUUAGGCAGUGAAUGGCUGGGGGCUGCAAGCCAGGGAGUAGCGCGAGGAGUCCCUGGGAAUUAGUGGUCCCAGAAUUGGAGCCGGGAGACAGAGUGUUCAAAAAGUGAGCACAAGGUGAUUCUCCAAGUUUAUUUCCACUCAAAACCCAGAUUAGCCUGAUGCCCCUUUCCUAGAUGUUGGGAAAGUUUCCUGUAAUAUGUAUUUAUGGGGAAAAAACAGGUAGCAGAUUUUAGUUUUGAUGUACAUCUGUCAACAAGAACUAGUUACCCGGUGGUUAAAGGCAGUUUACUUCCUCGAACCACCCACCACUGGUGAUUAGCAUUAAAAUGUUUGCAUCUAUGAAGAGGACAUAUGAAUAUGAUACGACUUUUAUUUGCUUGUCAUGAAACGCUGGUAGUAAAUUGAGGUGGUAGUUACUGUAGUUGCAGCGGACCCAGUUCUGGUCUUAUUUAGGUUAACCUGACACAUUCCUAGAAGAGUGGAAAAGUCGUACUGAAGCUGUGGUGAUGGUUGUGGCUUUCAGAAGACUGGUCCCUAGGUCCAUAUCACCUAGAAAGGCCUGGCGGACCUAAGCCUCUAGGUGUGACUAAAUCCAUUUUUGAAUUCUUUUUAACACAGGUCUAAAUAGUUAGAUAUGAAUGCAGUAUGCUGGAAGGUGUUUGGUCUUGAAGAAAAUGUACAAGACUUGAUGUGGCUAGGAUUGCAUAUUUAAAAGAGGGCUUUUUCUGUUCAUUUGGUAUGUAGCGUUACAUCAAAUAAAUGGGUGAGCGAAUCUAUGAAGACACUUCUAAAAUGCUCUGGCAUUGUAUGCUCUGUGUUUAACUUGUGUAUAAUGUGUCUGCAGUGCUAAUUUAUGUGUUUUUCCAUGUACUGUGGUGGUUUCCUUUAGUUAGCAGUGAGCCGACCUGCACUCAGAGGCCGAUUUUACCCACUGAUUUGAAACACAUUAAUGGAUCGCAACAAUAACCUCUCUGUGCCGUUGAACAAAUGAAGAAAGGACAAAUGUCUCACUAUUUUGAACACCGUGAUGCCGUUGACUGGCCAUUAAACCAUGAUUAUUCCCCACGUGGGAGUCUGAAUUCUCUGAUACAAAGUUGAAAUUAUUUUGAACCGGUGUGAAUUGUUAGACCAUUCCAAACCUGUGUAAAUUUGCAGCAACAUUGAUUAAACAAUUAUCCUGCCACUCAUCUGAAAA